AUGUUAUGCCUUUGGCACAUUCCGCACGACGCCAGUGAUCAUUCUUGCCCCACUCCUUGGAGCCCUAUAAGCCCACCCGAGGAAGAGUCCGAUACACAGCGUAGGCUGGCCAAGAAGGAUCAACACUGGGCCGACAUCGCCGAACUCCAUAUGACCCCCGCUGUCAAAGCAUUGCGCCCAGGCAUUCCCUUCACUAUUGAUGUUCCCAGCUGCGAUAAACUUCGAGAGUUCAUCUUCAUCUUUGGUAUGUUCAACAUGCACUUCCCGAUCACCUUCCAGGACGGGGUCAAGUGGCUUGGGCGCCUUCACAAUGCUAAGGGCAUGCUUGGCAACAGCGAGGAUAAGGUUCGGGCAGGAGAGGUUGCUGUAAUCAAGACCCUCCGUGAUAUUGCGCCAGAGUUUGUCCCCAACAUUCACCUCCCUCCGGGUCAAACUGUGCACAAGCUACAGUUCUUCUUCAACGAGCGUUCAGAGGGACGGCGAUAUGAGCUGUGGCCUGCGAUGGCAGCCGAGACCGGGUUCCAGCAGGUCGUCAAGGACAUUGCACAGUUCAUGGUGAAGAUGUCGACCAGGGAGUUCUCUGGCGUUGGCAGUCUCAAGUUCGACAUGGAGCAGAACAUUGUUGUCGGGCCGCUCAUCGCCAAGCAGUUCAAGCUGACCGAGCUCGCCAACCUCGAGGUUUACCGGACUUCCGCCGAGUGCUACCUCGCCCGAAUCGACAAUCUCCUUCGGUUGAUUCGCGAAAAGGCGCUGGGAUGGGCAAGCUCCUGGUCCAAAGAUGACAUGUCAACCCCUGUUUGGCGGUACAUCCUCCUUCUUGAAGUGCGUGACUUUGUCCACGGCUGCGAGGACAUGAACCGUGAACAACCAACCUAUAUCCGACACAAGGACGAUCACGUCGGCCAGUUCCUUGUCAACGACAGCGGUCGCCUGGACGACAUCAUUGACUGGGAAUUUUCCGCUGUGGUCCCUUUUGCCGAAGCCUUCACGGCCCCCGAUGCGCUCUCUAUCGACCUCCCACGCCCAGGCAUGAGGAUUCAGUUCACCGACGCCAACGUUCUCACUCCUCUCGAGCUCCAGUUGCAGGAAGAGUUGCGAGCUCUCGGCCGUGAGGAUAUGGCUCUCGCCGUCGGCGACACUCGCAAAUUCCAGCGUUUGGACUGGGUCAUGUUCGGCUAUGACUUUAGGUACGAGUUCGCUGUCGGCCUUAGGCGAGCGCUCUACCCCGACGCCAAGGUCCCGAGCUCCAAGGAGGAAUGGAUCGAGGAAGGUAUGGCCAAGUACGGUCACGAUGAGCAGCUCGAGCAACUCGCUGCUGGAUGGGAGGUUUACAAGCAGGCUAGGCUGGAGGCCGAAGCCGCUAAGGCUGAAGCUGAGGCCACAAGGAACGAAGUUGAAGUUGCGAAGACGGAAGCCGAGCCCGUCUCUAUGGCGUCAGAGAAAGUCUCCAACCCGGCGAAGGACGACGGCGACAGCAUGGUACCCGAGUCACUGUCACCCUCCAGUGGGACUACCAGUUCGCCCACCAACUCGAGCCCUUCGGACUCCCUGGUGACCGAAACUCCCUCCACUGAGGAGAGCAUGUCCAGCCCCGGCGUCCAGGUCCCGAAGGCUGGUGAAGCUCCAGACGAGCCUUGA